AUGCUAAAGAACAUUAAUAAACCAGUUAUAUUUUUCAAUGUGCUAACAGGUCUUGCAUUUAUUUACUUAUUAAAAAAUUAUAAUGAAAAUACAAAACAUAUAUUAAACAAAUUAUAUUCCUUGAAAAAUUGGAUAGUACAAUAUUCCUGUAGUUUUUUGAAAAGGUAUGACAGCAUACAGCUCCCUAUAAUAGACAAAGAUAUUAUAAUAGAUUUAUCAAAUGAGGAAUUAGAAGAAAAAUUUGUACAAACAUGUAACGCUGUAAAAAUGUAUAGAAAUAAAUUAAAAACAGAAGAAUGGUUACAUUUAUAUGGAUUAUUUAAGCAGGCAACAAUUGGUAAUAUGAUAUUAUCAAAUGAAGAAGAUAGUACAAAAAAUACUGAAACCUCAUCAAAUAAUAAUGACACACCAUCAAAUAAUAAUGACACGUCAUCAUAUAAUAAUAUAGAAAAUAUAUCAAAUAUUGAUGGGAAAAAAAAAAAAAAAAAUAAAAAUAACAAAAACAAAAACAAAAAUAAUAAGAACAAUAAUAAGAACAAUAAUAAUAACAUGGAAUUUAUUGAAAUACAAAAAAGGAAAGCUUGGAAAAAUUGUUAUAAUGUAAAUAAAAAUACAUGUAAAUAUUUAUAUGUACAAUAUUUUAAUAAAUUAUUUCCAGACGCUUUAGAGAAAUUAAAUAAUGAUGACAAUAUGAAAUUUUCAAAAACAGUAAGUAAAAUGAAACCUUUCAAAGAACAAAAUAAAAAACAUUUAGAAAAUGAUAAUAAUGAUGAUAAUAAUAUAUGUGAUAUUUUAUGUCAACAUGUUGUUAUGGGUGAUCUUGCAAGUAUAAAAAAAAAUCUAAAACAUAAUCCUUCAUUAAUUAAUAAAAAAAAUUCCAGUGGUUUAACACCCUUACACUAUGCAUGUGAUAGAGGAUAUAUAGAUAUAGUAAAAUAUUUAGUAAAUCAAGGAGCAAAUAUUAAUGUGGAAGAUUCUUAUGGUGACACGCCUUUACAUAUGGCAGCAUACUCAGAAAAACUAAAUGUUGUGGACUUUUUAAAAUCAGUAGGUGCAGAUAUUAAUAAAACCAAUUCUGAAGGUUUGACCAUUGAUUGGAUUUUAAGUCAAAAUUGA